AUGGGACUGACAGCAUCCGAUAAAUGCAACUCGGUACUUUUUACACUGGAAUUAGUUUCUUUGAUACAGGCAGCAUGUGCUGGGGAAACAUGUGAAUCUGUAUUUAAAGGUUUCUCUGACUGCCUGCUCAGCCUUGGAGAAAACAUGGUAAACUAUCCCCAAGAGCUGGAUGACAGGGAAAACCUACAGACCAUCUGCUCAUAUUGGGAUGACUUCCACUCGUGUGCCUCCACCGCAAUUGCAGAUUGUCAAGAAGGAGCAACAGACCUUUGGGAAAAACUUAAGUUGCAGUCCCGGAGUUUGAACUAUAAGGGAAGCUUGUUUGAAUUAUGCUCUGUGGAUAAUGGAGCAUCCAGAAUUUUAUUACCAAUGGAAUUGAAGCUACUGCUGAUAUGUUUUACCACACUAGUAGCGUGGCUUGCUUUUGAGUUAUAA